AUGAGAUUCUAUGCAUAGCUUUCAUUUCCUAUCCCCUCAUCCUUCUGUCUUCCUCCUCUCUGUGCAAACAAGAUGUGGGACAGGCCCAUGGUGGCUCACGCCUGUAAUUUUGGCACUUUGAGAGGCUGAGGUGGGAGGGUUGCUUGAGGUCAGAAGUUCAAAAUGAGCCCAGGCAACGUACAGAGACCUUGUCUCUACAAAACAAUGUUUUCAAAAAUUAGCUGGGUGUGGUGGCACGUGCUUGUAUUCCCAGCUACUUGGGAGGAGUGCCGCACCCUAGGCAACAGAGCAAACCCUUGUCAAGAAAAAGAAAGAAAGAAAAAGAAAAGAGAAGAGAAAAGAAAAGAAAGAAAGGGAAUACAUAAAAGGUAAAUGGUAAAAGGUUUUAGGGGAAAAGGAGUCUGCAGAACAAGAAUUAGGGGGACCAGGAGUGAGUGACAAUGGGGAGGUCAGCGAUCCUGAGCUACAGUCCCAGUCCUGCUUUGCAUAAAUUGAGACUCUCAUUCCUAAAAUGGACUGGCAGUCUUGCAGGGGUUUAUAAGGAUUAUAAGAGAUAACCAUGUGACUUAUCUAGCACACAAAAGUACCCCCCCAUAAAUAGUAGCUAUUACAAGGUAAUCUAAGACAUUUACCUUUUCCUCAUUUUGCUACUCACUCUGUCCCCAAAGCAAACUCCAACUAACUCCUUCCAAAACACCAUCCUUCUCUUUGCCACCAUCCCCCCUCUUUUGAACACUUCUACUCUCCUGUCCACCCAUAUGUCCUGCAGUCAAGCCAGAGGAGGGAAAACAGAGCAAAAGAAAAUAUUAAAGGAAAUAAGUUUAAAUCAAUAACUUUGAGAAAAAUAUUUAAGUUCCAAUAUUGUGUGUGUGUGUGUGAGUGUGCGCGCGCGCGACAGAGAGAGAGAGAGCGAGCGAGCGAGCGAGAGAGACAGAGAGAGAAGGAGAGAGAAAGCCUUUGUUAAACUGGGUAACUCCAAAUCCCGGGAAAGUAGAAAUGGGAAUUUUUAUAAAAGCAUGAUACAUCAGUAGAAUGGAAAGAAAUCACCAGGUUUAAAUUUGAGUGUGUGACUACGGCCUCCAGUCUUCCGGGAUUGUAUGUCCGCAUGUCCGAGUCUGGGAAGAGGAAAGAGAAAGGAUUAAAAAAAGAAAAAAGAAGAAGCAAAAAAGCACUGUGGUUUAACAGUUCCUUUUUUUUUUUUAAAGGUUGGCCCACAAUAUAACCAGCGCUGCUAGCGGGGACGGUGGGGACACCUCUGGUCUCAGAUGAGUGCUGGGAAGGAGGGGACUUGCUCCGAGCGCAAGUUUGUGCGGAAGCGCGGCUGGACCUGGGCUCUGAAUCCGGGGGUCCGGGGUUCUGCACCCAGGCGUCAGCUUCCUCAUCCGCAGAGUGGCCCCCAGAAGCCUCCGGGUGGUCGCGAGGAUGCUCUAAAUCCCGGGGGCUAAGGCCGAGCCCGGCGUCCCGCGCCCAGCCCGCGGGAGCUCUCGGGGAUCGGAGCGCGGCCGACCUUCGCCAGCUCAUGGGCGACUGACUGCGGUGCCCGCAGGCUCCCGGGAGUACCUCGCGAGGCCCGCCCAGUCCUCGCCGCCCGCCCCCCCGCACCCCACGUGACUUCCUGACGGCUUCAGGGACUGCUCCUCUCGAGCUAGGUUUCGUUUCCUCGGCGGCCUGGGAGCGCGGGUGCAGCAGUUGCGUCCCGACCCCCGGGAGCGCCAUGGCAGAGCUGUGCCCCCUGGCCGAGGAGCUGUCGUGCUCCAUCUGCCUGGAGCCCUUCAAGGAGCCGGUCACCACUCCGUGCGGCCACAACUUCUGCGGGUCGUGCCUGAAUGAGACGUGGGCAGUCCAGGGCGCGCCAUACCUGUGCCCGCAGUGCCGCGCCGUCUACCAGGCGCGACCGCAGCUGCACAAGAACACGGUGCUGUGCAACGUGGUGGAGCAGUUCCUGCAGGCCGACCUGGCCCGGGAGCCACCCGCCGACGGCUGGACGCCGCCCGCCCGCGCCUCUGCACCCAGCCCGGAUGCCCAGGUGGCCUGCGACCACUGCCUGAAGGAGGCCGCCGUGAAGACGUGCUUGGUGUGCAUGGCCUCCUUCUGUCAGGAGCACCUGCAGCCGCACUUCGACAGCCCCGCCUUCCAGGACCACCCGCUGCAGCCGCCCGUUCGCGACCUGUUGCGCCGCAAAUGUUCCCAGCACAAUCGGCUGCGGGAAUUUUUCUGCCCCGAGCACAGCGAGUGCAUCUGCCACAUCUGCCUGGUGGAGCAUAAGGCCUGCUCUCCCGCGUCCCUGAGCCAGGCCAGCGCCGACCUGGAGGCCACCCUGAGGCACAAACUAACUGUCAUGUACAGUCAGAUCAACGGGGCAUCGAGAGCACUGGAUGAUGUGAGAAACAGGCAGCAGGAUGUGCGGGUAAGAGUUCCUGGAACUCCACAUCUCACCCACGCUUGGGGCUGCAGCCUUAGCAUUUUUGCCCCUUUGAUGGGCGUCCUCUUACCUUGGCCCUCUCAGAUGACUGCAAACAGAAAGGUGGAGCAGCUACAACAAGAAUACACGGAAAUGAAGGCUCUCUUGGACGCCUCAGAGACCACCUCGACAAGGAAGAUAAAGGAAGAGGAGAAGAGGGUCAACAGCAAGUUUGACACCAUUUAUCAGAUUCUCCUCAAGAAGAAGAGUGAGAUCCAGACCCUGAAGGAGGAGAUUGAACAGAGCCUGACCAAGAGGGAUGAGUUCGAGUUUCUGGAGAAAGCAUCAAAACUGCGAGGAAUCUCAACAAAGCCAGUCUACAUCCCUGAGGUGGAACUGAACCACAAGCUGAUAAAAGGCAUCGGCCAGAGCACCAUAGACCUCAAAAACGAGCUGAAGCAGUGCAUCGGGCGGCUCCAGGAGCCCACCCCCAGUUCAGGUGACCCUGGAGAGCAUGACCCAGCGUCCACACACAAAUCCACACGCCCUGUGAAGAAGGUCUCCAAAGAGGAAAAGAAAUCCAAGAAACCUUCCCCUGUCCCUGCCUUACCCAGCAAGCUUCCCACAUUUGGAGCCCCGGAACAGUUAGUGGAUUUAAAACAAGCUGCCUUGGAGGCUGCAGCCAAAGCCACCAGCUCACAUCCGAACUCAACAUCUCUCAAGGCCAAGGUGCUGGAGACCUUCCUGGCCAAGUCCAGACCCGAGCUCCUGGAGUAUCACAUUAAAGUCAUCCUGGACUACAACACCGCCCACAACAAAGUGGCUCUGUCAGAGUGCUAUACAGUAGCUUCUGUGGCUGAGAUGCCUCAGAACUACCGGCCGCAUCCCCAGAGGUUCACAUACUGCUCUCAGGUGCUGGGCCUGCACUGCUACAAGAAGGGGAUCCACUACUGGGAGGUGGAGCUGCAGAAGAACAACUUCUGUGGGGUAGGCAUCUGCUACGGAAGCAUGAACCGGCAGGGCCCAGAGAGCAGGCUCGGCCGCAACAGCGCCUCCUGGUGCGUGGAGUGGUUCAACACCAAGAUCUCUGCCUGGCACAAUAACGUGGAGAAAACCCUGCCCUCCACCAAGGCCACGCGGGUGGGCGUGCUUCUCAACUGUGACCACGGCUUUGUCAUCUUCUUCGCUGUUGCCGACAAGGUCCACCUGAUGUAUAAGUUCAGGGUGGACUUUACUGAGGCUUUGUACCCGGCUUUCUGGGUAUUUUCUGCUGGUGCCACACUCUCCAUCUGCUCCCCCAAGUAGGCAGGCUGUAGACACUUGGGCUGACUGCCUGCAGAAGUCCCAAGACCCUAGUGAAAAUACAGCAGGCAGAACUCUCCUUGGAUAAUUCCCCAGGAGGUCCCAAGGAUUGGGAGCAUGGGAGGGGAGCUGGUGGGAGGGUGGGAGGUGGGAUUUAGCCAGGAAAGGGGUGAGAGUGAUCGUGUUGUGGGCGAGGAGGCGUUUCCACCCCCUGGUGCCUAUCAGGGCAGGGUGACCUACUCCCCAUUGUUCUGGAAAUCUCCAGGCUGCUGGGCAGCUGGGCAGAGCUCUGGGAAGUGAAGUCAUGAGUGCCCGAUUCCUCUUAGAGAAAAUCCAUAGCUACUGUAGGUUCUGUCUUGGGCCACUUGGAUCUGAAGGCUGCCCCUUUGCUCUCUGGGGUAGCCUUCAGAUCUUGGUGUUUUGAAUUCUUACUAUAGAUGUUUUUAAAGUUCCAAAGUCAUUGAAUUUCAAUGUUACAUAAACUCCAUUACCCGCAUGUUGGGGCUUGAUCUCCUGGUUAUUAUCUGUGCUUGAGGAAACACCCACAGCAGUCUCUACCCAGAACAGUUUCCUAAAGAGGCAUGCCCUCUUCCUCCACUGGAAAAUAGUGCGUUCCCUUCCUACCCUGAACACCCAUCGCCCCCACAUUGAUGGUUUUCAAACAGGAAACUUUUCAGCUAAGGCUUCAAACCAUGAUUGGAAUCAGCCUGUGUUGGAUUUGUGAUUCAGGGUCACGGUGACCCUGAUCCAGUUUGGGUGGAAAUCCUUCCUAAGUAUCAUAAGAAGCAUCUUGGCAGAGAUGCUUUGGUGGCAGCCAUGAGCUUUGCUGGAGGCCUUGCUUCCCAUAGCCUUGGCUGUGGGGCAAGGAACUCUGCCAGGCGAGGGGGAUGCUGCCCUGGGUCAACAGAAGCCUGGUGGGUUUGCUCGUGUUAGAGUGUCCUGCCUUCUUACUGACAACUCUUCUCGGUGAUAGCCUCUCUUCCCUGGAUUGUGACAUAUGGAAUGACAGUGCAGGUACCACCGAGGCUAGCACAGUCAAGCCGCCAGCUAAGCUGGAUCCCUGAAGCCUGCUAUCAUGCAGACAGGCUAUGCGGCUGCCUCGGACCACACUAGGCCACUUGCUGGGGUGUCAACCUACCACCAAAGGGGUCUUUUAGCAAACCUCAUGGGGAACAGGAACAUUCCUGUUCAUCCCUGGCCACAGGCUGCAGACCCAGCACUGGCCCUUCCGUGAGUCAGAGCCUGGGGCUGGCCCUAGCCCCUUCUACUGACUUCCUCAUUUAAGCCAAUUAUAUAAGCUCACACUGAUCAAGGAGGGAGGGAAAGAGCUAAAGAGGGUCACACAAGUGGCUAUUUUCCCUGCAGCGUUUCUGUGCGGUGAAAAUAACCCAGUCCACUAAGGGGCGGGAGUGAAUGGAUGGCUGGAUUUUCCCCAAGCUCCUUAUAGCCUAAUGUCAGGAUGUGAGUAUGAGGAAUUUAGCCUCUUACAGUGAAAUGAGUCCAACUCUGGGCUUUGCUUAGAGGAGAGCUCCCGUCAGGCUUCCUAUAAUAUGAAAAGAAGUCACCAUUGGGGAAGUAGAGACCCCAGACCUUUUCAUAUGGAUAUUUGAGAAUGUAAUGCAUCUCAGGCGUAGUGCUGGAACUCUAGGGCACUCUAGGCAGGCUCAGAACACUUGAUAUUCCUGACAGCUACACACCUGACAUGCAGGUACAUACCUGAUCGGUGUCAUCUCCUAACAAGGAUUUUCAGUUCCUCGGGAGGGCAAUAAUCUUUGUAGGAAAGACAUCCCUGCAAUAGGUGAUAUGUGGUCCUUAGAAGUUUUCUUCCUUUACUACUUGGAAGAAAAGUUCUUUGGUGAUUCUUCUCUGCUUUUGAAGAUGAUCAAAAGCAUCUUCAUUGAUUUUCUGAAACGAAAGCCUUGUCUGAAACCAAUUAAUACUUGGGAAACAGCUGGGCUUGGAGGAGUAGAAUGCCAGAGAUAAAUCCAUGGCUCCUGCUCUGGCUCUCUUCCGCAGAAAUGAGGGCAACAGUGAGGCCACUUCCCUGGCAAAUGUGCAGCUCAGGAUAGGGAAGCAUAAGACCCUCUGUUUAAGAGAGUCAACUAGGUAACCAAAGCCAAGCUCUGUGCAAGGUGCUUUGGAGUUGUAAAUUGAGGAGUGCAUCCUUGCUGUCUUGAACCAUUCUGUUUGCAAUGGUGAGACCUUACAUAACCUAGCCUUGCAGGGCCGCCACACAACCCUGGAGUCCUAGAGUUGGAGGAACCUUUGUAUCCAUCUGACUUCUCAUUUUGCAGAAUAUGAUGAGAAAGUAGAGGAUCGCUCUGUUCACCACUCUUGCUAUUCCAUUAGUGGGGAGAUGCCUGCUAGCAUGUGUGAGGGGAACACUCUGAUACACUGGGAAGUAUCGGAAAUUCCCAGAAACACAAACAUAAAAUAACUCUCCUAGACCCAGGUGCUGGGGACUGUCUCAGUCAGUGUGGCAUGAUAAAUAAAAGGUUAGGAUCAAGUCUUUGUAUUUUUCAAGAUGUGGUAGCUGAUUAUUUCUGUUUUAAGUACUCUGAAAUCGAUCUGUGAUCAAUAAUACUAAUAUGUUAUCUUUUACCGUAUUCUGCCUCUCACUAUUGAUUUUAAUUAGUUAGGAGUAUUUGAGCUGUUAUUUCUUGAGCUUAAUAUUUUUUUAGAGUUAACUCUUUAAGGAGAUAAUCAUGGCUGUAGACAAGGCCAGGGCUGGCUGACGUGCCUUAGAAGGUUUGAAUGCAAUAAAGCGGUGUUUGGCGUUCUCCUGCAUUGUAGUGCGGGUACAAAAUGCUAUUUGUUCGUCAUACUGUUGUCAGCAGAUGAGCCGCCCACUACAGACGGCUACUGCCCAGGGACCUGCCCAGGCCCCACCCAAGGGCUCCCAAGGGUUGAGAUUUCUGCAGACCUAUAGCCAGCACACUUAGUCCUGCCCUAUAUAGAGUUCCUCUUUGGGAAGCUUUUGAUAAGGAAUUCUCAGACCGAUAGGAUGUCUGUCUGGGCUUUGCUGCGGGACAGUCUAACUGUGGGGGCUAGGGGAAAGCAGGAGAGUAUCGAUCAAAGAGUAAGCCACACACGGAUAAUCAGUUACUAGGGAUGGAGGUGUGAGGGUUCAUUAUAUUAUUCAUUUUACUGUUGUAUAUGUUUGAAAAUAUCUAUGAUUAAAAGCUUUAAAAAAAAAAAAAGAAACAAAAAUAGUUCAGGCCAGCAAUGGGCCCUCCAUGUUCAGUGGAUUUUAUCCUUGUUUCAAUUGGGGUAGGAGUUCCAGGAGGUGUGGAUUGGAGGUUGUCUAAAGAAUUGAACUGGCCUUUGUCCCUGCUUCCUGGGAGGGAGACUUUCAGUCCUUGACAUUUCCAGGGUAAUAGGAGUGUCUUUGUUAUUUGUGAGGCCAUGGGAUCACACCUGAGCUUAUGCUAAAAGGUGGGAUGACUCAGAGCUGGGGCUGGUCACCAGACAGACUGACCAUGUGAUUAGAGGUUUGAGGCUUUGAGUCAGCCUGACCUAUGGGGCUGGGGACUGGAGGCUGAGUUUAAUCAUCUGGCCAGUGCUUUAAUCAGUACAUCAUGAAACCCUAAUAAAAACUCUGGACACUAAAGCUCAGCAUAGCUUCCUGGGUGGUGAAGCUGUGGCUAUGCCGGCAGGGCAGUGUGCCCUAAUUCCACGAAGAGGGGGCAUGGGAGCACUGUGCUCGAGACCCUUCCAGACCUUUCCCUGUGUCUUCCUUGGCUUGUGGAGCUGAUUUGUAUCCUUUAUAAUAAAACUAAUCAUAAGUAUA